AUGGCGACUACCACCAGCCGUGAAGCCUUUGAGGCUGUUUUCCCCACGUUGGCCGAAGAUCUCCUGGCCCAUGCUAAGAAAUACAAUCUGCCUGAGAAUGCGUUAAAGUGGUUUGAACAGGCCCUCAAUGUCAACGUUCCUGGCGGAAAGCUCAAUCGCGGCCUCUCUGUUCCAGAUACCGGCCUCGCUCUACUGCAGAAGCCCCUGACCGACGAGCAGUUCAAGCAUCUUAGUAUCCUGGGUUGGUUGACCGAGCUGCUCCAGGCUUUCUUCCUGGUCAGCGAUGACAUGAUGGAUGGCUCGAUCACUCGUCGUGGCCAGCCUUGCUGGUACCGCCACCCCGGAGUUGGGAUGAUCGCUAUCAACGACGCGUUCAUGCUCGAGUCCGGAAUCUACGUUAUCCUCAAGAAGCACUUUCGCUCGCACCCGGCCUACGUUGAUUUGCUUGAGCUGUUCCACGAGACCACCUGGCAGACAGAACUCGGUCAGCUGUGCGAUCUCAUUACGGCCCCUGAGGACAAGGUUGACCUGGACAACUUCUCCAUGGAGAAGUACAUGUUCAUCGUGACCUACAAAACCGCUUACUACAGCUUCUACCUUCCCGUUGCUCUUGCGUUGCUCUACCUCGAACUCGCCACCCCUGAGAACCUCCAACAGACCCACGACAUCCUGAUCCCGCUGGGCCAGUACUUCCAGGUCCAGGACGACUACCUGGACGCCUAUGGUGACCCGGCCGUUAUUGGCAAAAUCGGCACCGAUAUCCAGGACAACAAGUGCUCGUGGCUGAUCAACCAAGCUCUUCAGCGUUGCAACACUGAGCAGCGCAAGCUCCUAGACACCGCCUACGGCCGCAAGGACGGCGAGCUUGAGGCCAAGGUCAAGGCGCUUUACAAGGAACUCGACUUGGAGAAGGUCUACAAGGAGUAUGAGGAGAAGACCGUUGGUGAAAUUCGCACCAAGAUCGCAGCCAUUGACGAAAGUCAGGGCCUGAAAAAGGAGGUCUUCGAGGCAUUCCUGGGCAAGAUCUACAAGCGUACCAAAUAG